UUUCAGAUGCAACUCAAUUCUUCAUCCAUCUUAUGUACUGGAGUGCGUCUGCAUUAUCAGCCUCUCUUUUAUAGCUUACUCGCCACAAGAAAAAUUCCUCCACCAACGGACGAGAUGAUGAAGAUCAAGAUCCUCCACCGUUACGACAUCUCGCCGCCCGCGAACUCAGUCCCGACGACCACUCUCCCUCUCACCUUCUUUGACAUCCCGUGGCUUCUCUUCUCCCCCAUGCGACGCCUCUUCUUCUACGACUUCCCUCAAUCCCCUGAAUCCUUCACUCAGACCACCCUCCCGCUCCUGGUCCGCUCUCUCUCCCUCUGUCUCUGCCGCUUCUUCCCCUUUGCCAGCAGCCUCGUCCUCCCCCUGGCGCCGCCCCAGAAGCCCUACAUCCUCUACUCUGACGGCGACUCCCUCUCCUUGACUGUCGCCGAGUCUGCCGCCGACUUCACUGACCUCUUUAGCAAUGAGCCGCAUGACGCCACGCUAAUACACCCUCUGGUGCCUCAGCUCCCACCGCCGCGUGCAUCCGAUGGCGCACGUGUGGGGCCCCUUAUGGCGAUUCAGGUAACUCUGUUCCGAAAUAAGGGCAUUUGCAUUGGGGUCCAAUUCCUCCAUGUGGUAGCAGAUGGGAGGUCCUUCACUCACUUCAUGAAAUCGUGGGCGUCCAUUCAUAGGUCCGGAGGGGACCCCACUUGCAUUGAGUCAGACGACUUGAGUCCUUUUCACGAUCGAGGAGUGAUCAAAGACUUGAAUGGGCUCGAGCCCAUACUCUUGAAAGAUUGCUGGAGUUGCGUUGGCCCAAGCUCGAGCCUGAGCCCCAGCCCGAGCCCAAGCCCGAGCCCGAUUCUUCACAUUGUUGCGAACAAGGUAAGAGCAAUGUUUAUCCUUCAAAAAGCUCACAUCGACAGGCUAAAAGCACAAAUCUUAAGCCAACUCAAGAACGACGGCCUUGACUCGGAGUCGGAUCCAAUCCACUUGUCCACGUUCGUGGUAACGUGUGCAUUCAUAUGGGUAUGCAUCGUCAAAUCAAGAGACGAAGAACACCAGUGUCGUGACCAAUCAUCGCCGGAAAGGGGUAAUGAUGAAUUUUGUCAUUUCGUCUUUGUUGCGGAUUGUAGAGACCGACUCAAAUACUCGAUACCCUUGACAUACUUCGGGAACUGCCUGGUCGCAUGUUAUCUCUCAGAGAAGAGAAAUACGCUGUUGGGAAAAAGUGGAAUUUUGCAUGCCACAAGGACUAUAGGGAGAAGAGUCAAGGAAAUAGGGACAGGUGGAGCAUUAAGAGGGAUGGAGGGAUGGAUAAGGAACUUUAAUAUGAUUAAAGACGGGGAUGUAGUGUCCGUGGCUGGGUCACCGAGACACAAGGUGUACGACACGGACUUCGCAUGGGGGAGGCUAAGGAAGAGCCACGUGGUGCACAUUGAUGCAUCAAGGUCAAUCUCUCUCACAGAGAGUAGGGAUGGAGAUGGUGGUGUGGAGGUCGGGUUGGCAUUGACUACAGUUUGCAUGGAGAAGUUCAUUUCUUUGUUUGAAAAGGGAUUGAAAUCAUUUAUGUCACCUUAGUAUAUGUUUGGUCCGUAUAAUGCCAUGCCAAUUUCUAUUAAAUAACAAGGGUCUUUGUAUCUUAAUUUAUUGACAAAUGUAAGGACUGACAACCACAUUUCGAGCACCAAAUUACGGGGGAAUCUCAAGGAUUCACCAUUAGGCCAAAAGGAAAUAAAUACUUGUUAGAAUGUUGCCCA